CGCCAUUAGAGGGAGGAGAGGCUGCGCUCUCCUAGCCUCGGGUGCCUGACGUGGUGGCCGGGGCCCUUCAUUCUGGGACUUUCUCUCGGGCCUCUCGGGUCUCGGCCGCGGAAGACGCGGCGGGCACCGGGCUCGGCGGGCGCGUGAAGAGCCGGGCCCCGGGCGGAGCGGGCGCCGCGGCGGAGGCGGUGCGGGGCUCGGCGCGGCGCUGGGCUCGGGCGGCGGGGCAGCGGCGGGAUGGCUGCGGCCGGCGGCGGGGCGGCGGCGGGCCGAGCCUACUCCUUCAAGGUGGUGCUGCUCGGGGAAGGCUGCGUGGGGAAGACGUCGCUGGUGCUGCGCUACUGCGAGAACAAGUUCAACGACAAGCACAUCACCACCCUGCAGGCAUCUUUCUUGACAAAGAAGUUAAAUAUUGGUGGGAAAAGAGUAAACCUUGCCAUAUGGGAUACAGCAGGUCAAGAGAGAUUCCAUGCAUUGGGUCCAAUUUACUACCGCGAUUCGAACGGAGCUAUUUUAGUUUAUGACAUAACGGACGAAGAUUCUUUUCAGAAGGUAAAAAACUGGGUCAAAGAGCUAAGGAAAAUGUUGGGAAAUGAAAUCUGUUUGUGUAUAGUUGGUAAUAAAAUAGACUUGGAAAAGGAGAGACAUGUUUCCAUCCAAGAAGCAGAGUCGUAUGCAGAUUCUGUGGGAGCAAAACAUUAUCAUACUUCCGCUAAACAAAACAAAGGAAUCGAGGAGCUCUUCCUUGACCUCUGUAAAAGAAUGAUAGAAACGGCGCAAGUGGACGAGAGAGCUAAAGGCAACGGCGCUAGUCAAGGGGGGGCUGCUAGGCGAGGCGUGCAGAUCAUCGACGAUGAACCUCAAGCGCAGAGCGGUAGUGGAGGGUGCUGUUCUUCUGGAUAACUGCUCAUGCCUGUGAAACUCAGAACAAAACGGAACUGUGGAUCGUUGCCCUGAACAUGAAGACUGCCAUAUUCCAAGUCACAUCAUUUUACCAAUGGAGUUAGAGAAUUAACAGUAUUUUAAAUUACGUUUAUAACACUGCAGAGACCUUAAGUGCUAAACUUAGUGGAGUUUGUGACCAGAGAAUUGGCAUUUUCUACAAAUGUUAACAAAGCAAUUACCAAUGGCCUUUUUACAUAUUUUUUCUUUAAUGAGGAAUAAUAUGCAUGUAGAAAAGACCUACUUAAAGGCUUCAUUUAUAUUCUUUUAAAUCAGAUCUUUAUUUAAUAACUUAUAUAUGAUGUUGGAAUGGUAUACAUUUUUGCAGUCCUUUGUAUUUUGUGGUAGUUUGAAUUGUAUCACUUCUAAACAGCAUACUGUUUUUGUUUUUGUUUUUGAUUAGCAGAUACCUGAAGUUCUAUUUUUGCAGGGUUUGCACAGGCCCCUAACUGUCUACUACUUUGAUAUAAUCUAUAAACAUCCUGUAUGCUGAGCUGGUAAAAUACAUUGUAAAUUACAUAUUAAAUAUUUUAUCUGCUUUUACAAGCGCAAGGUGCAAAAGUAUAUACAGUUGUCUUAUUGGAGACUGUAAAGUGAAUUACCCGCUGGUGAUAAUACCUAAGCUUUUUGGCGCUGUUAUCACGAUCAUAGCCCUCCUUCCCUUGUCUUAAUGUGAAGGUGGCGUGUCUAAAUGUGUACAGACUCUACUUGAAUUAUUACUGUUGUCACUUUUCCCUUUUCCUUUUUUUUUUUUUUUUUUUUUUUUUUGGCCUCUCUACAUCCCAGUGAUCAAAAAGCAGCAUUUGCCUUUUUAGUAUUAUUAUUAUUAAACAAGAUUUCUCCUGCCAAUUUUGUUUUAGAACAGUUACCUUAGAAGGAUUUGAGUGAAGCUUGCCAAGUUUCACUUCUGUGACAACAUGAGUUUUUAUAGGGCUUUCCCUGAGAUGGGUUCACUGGCCUGAGCAGAGGGGGUCCCAUUUGGUAGCACUGACCAAGGCUUAUUUAUAUAGCAUGUUGAGUGGUGAUUGAUGCUCUCAAGGCAGCACUUCUGGAUCCCUUAGGAUGUUUUAUUGGUCAUUGCCUGUCAGAAAUGAAUAUAGAAAGCUGUAUUUCAUUUUAUAAGAAUUAUUUGAAUUUUUAUGGGAAGAAGCAUUUUAUAGUACAGUUACAGCAACACUGGUAAGAUUUAUUAUAAAAUCAUAUUCUUGUUUAUUUUAUAAUUAGUCCUACAUUGGAUUUUUAUUUUUUUAAUUUCUUUUUUUAAGUAUUGGACUGAAAUUUGUUCAUUUAAAAAAAUCAGGCACUGCUCACAGGAGAAACAGAUUGUGGACAUUAACAUAAAUUGUUCUUGUUCUAAUAUAUCUAUUUUCCCAUUUCUGUCUUGCUUGGAAAACUAGUAAAUGUUGUGUGUAAGAUAAGAUGGAAUGGUCCCUGGAUUUUACUUUUUCUAGGAUUAGAAUAUAGUAACACAGUAAGCAUUUCUGAAAAUACAAGGAGGUGAUGGUCACUAAGUGAAUACUACCAUAUUCUUAGGACUAGCUUAAACCUAGACUGAAAGUUGAAUGACUUGACACCUUACCAUCUAGAUAAUAGGAAUUUAACUUAGCAUUGUGUUCUCUGAGCCCUCUGUUCAGAUUAUUUACUUAUCCACCUUGCCAGAUUUCAAUCACUGACUCUGCUAUGUGCCUGAAGACGGUUAGAAUGGAAAGAGUCAAGAGAGUGAGCUGCAGCUAUGUCCCAUUGCAGGCUGGUUGGGCUGUGCUAUUCCUGGGUUCCUGUGGAGUUGUGUUUAUGCAGGGGCAGAAGGGGCAGCAGACACCAUGAGUCAUUGGAGGAUUUGUCCCUAUGCGCUGGCUUUUUCAAGAGUAAAGACUGCUGCCAAUCCUACUGUUGUAGAUAGGAAAUAUACUUUCCUCAUUGGAAUAGAAUACUGUUUUUUAAACUAGAGAUGGAAUUAAACUAAGUUAAACUUGA